AUGGAUCUAACGUUCUCUGAUGGAACACGCGUGACCAGCUCGCUCGUCGAGGAUGUCAUCCGCAUGAAGACUGCGCCUCCCUCUCGACUUCGCUUCAUUGCCGGCCACGCCUCGCCCUGGCCUUACAAAGCUGCUGGUAUCCUGGGCAUUGGGUUCGAUAGGGUGAAAGACGGUGUGCAGAUCCCUGCCAUGGCUCAUCUGGCUUGGAAGCAACAUGCCAUUCCUGAGAGCGUCCUCACCGUUCGCAUAGACAAAGGCGUCGGGCUCGGUCCUUCACGCGUGCUGCCCUCGACGACGUUUGUGGGACUCACGGACAUUGCAGAGCGACCGAUGUGGUUCAUCGAUGUCCUUAUGCCCAGACAGUUCUGCAACGGCUCAGCCUUGAUCGACACUGCCCGGUCCAAUCUCGCUCUACCUGAGCUAUCCCUUUCCGCAGUACAAGGACUCGAUACGCGGCGCUUACUACGUUGA